UCUUGUGAAUUAUCGUGAGGUCUGCAAGAAACAGGUGAGUCUUGUUAUCAAUUAGGGUUUACACUUUGAACCAUUUGUCUCAGUUGAGUCUGUAUUUCAUGAAAUGAUUGGGGUAUAAUCAAAGAUUCUGGCCCUGUCCAGAGGAGAAGAAAAUGGAAAUUGUCUCCACCUAUAUGGUAACGGCGUGGUAAAGAUUUGAUUCUGGGUUCGAAGGAUGUAUCGCAGUGUGGCUUCGGCCACUCCCCGGGGUGGGCUUCCUACGGACAGUGGAGGGAUACCUACGGACAGAGGGGACUAUGUGGUAUGUCUCGAUCAAGUUCCAUGUUGGAGCGACACGGAACAGAGGUCCUCUUUGGGGUAUGACAAUGAGGAUCCUUCUUAUCCUAACUCGUACUUUUCGGAUCCUCUAACGUCUUCUCCUGGAGCAGAGAGUAGUUCUAGUUCCAAUGGGAUAGUCUCAAGGUUUCCGGUGGACCAUGAAAUCAACUCCAAGAUAUAUCUUUGGCGGGGAAACCCUUGGAAUCUUGAGGUAGAUGCAGUGGUUAACUCCGCCAAUGAGAGUUUGGAUGAAGCACACAGUAGCCCUGGUUUGCAUGCUGCAGCUGGACCUGGUCUUGCAGAAGAAUGUGCGACACUGGGUGGUUGCCGGACAGGAAUGGCAAAAGUUACAAAUGCAUAUGAUCUUCCUGCUCGGAAGGUUAUACAUACUGUCGGUCCUAAGUAUGCAGUCAAAUAUCAUACUGCUGCAGAGAAUGCUCUGAGUCACUGCUAUCGCUCAUGCCUUGAGCUUCUUAUUGAGAAUGAACUUCAGAGCAUAGCUAUGGGAUGUAUAUAUACAGAGGCUAAAAAUUAUCCUCGUGAACCAGCUGCACAUGUGGCAAUAAGGACUGUUAGACGGUUUCUAGAGAAGCAGAAAGAUAAAAUAAUGGCUGUUGUUUUCUGUACUACCACAUCAUCUGAUACUGAGAUAUAUAAAAGACUACUUCCACUUUACUUCCCUCGGGAUAGACAUGAGGAGGAAGUUGCGGUGUUAAAGCUUCCUGCGGAUGUUGGGGAUGAGAAUGGUGAGACAAUAUUAGAUGAACGGAAGAUCAGAAUAAAACCUUUGCCUGUUGUAACUAGUUCAGCUCCUAAACCCACCACGGAUGUAGCAGAUCUUCCCGUCAGUGAUCUGGGAUUGACAAUGAGACGGAAUUCAUCUUAUUUGGUAUCCCAUCUGGAUCCUGCAUUUAUGUCCCAAAUUAAAGAUCCAGAUCAGAGACGUAAGGAGCAAUGGGAGAAAGCUGCUCAAGCACGAAACAGUUUCAAUUGUGCUAAAUUGCUUGGAUUUGGUGAUCUUGGUGGUCCUCCAUUGUCUGCCGCUGAAGAAUACUCACUUCAUUCUAGAUAUCUCGCUAAAGCAAAUUCUCUUAAUCUUUCUGAAAUUGCAGAAAUGAAGAUUGUUUAUCGUGGUGGUGUGGACAGUGAGGGGCGUCCAGUAAUGGUUGUUGUUGGCGCUCAUUUUCUGCUUCGUUGUCUUGAUCUGGAGCGGUUUGUGCUUUACGUGGUAAAGGAGUUUGAGCCCAUAAUGCAGAAGCCGUACACUAUUGUUUACUUUCACUCUGCAGCCUCCUUACAGCUUCAACCCGACCUGGGGUGGAUGAGGAGAUUGCAACAAAUACUUGGUCGGAAGCACCAGCGUAACCUUCAUGCAAUAUAUGUUCUUCAUCCAACAUUGGGAUUGAAGACAGCAAUCUUUGCUCUGCAAUUGUUUGUAGAUGCUGUGGUAUGGAAGAAAGUUGUAUAUGUUGAUCGGCUUCUGCAGCUGUUCAGAUAUGUUCCUCGUGAGCAGUUGACAAUCCCUGAUUUUGUGUUCCAGCAUGAUCUUGAAGUCAAUGGAGGAAAGGGUCUUAUUGUGGACCCCAGAACAAAAUAUGUAUAUCAUCGACCAUAGAGAUGUCAUUCACAGCCUAAGCAGGCCAUCAAGUGGUUCAUGUCAGGCAGUUCAGGAAUUUCAUUGUUUGCUUUCCUUUUUCUCCCUUUUUUGUAGUU